AACUUUAUAUUAUAAUUUUGUAUUCUAAUCGAUCGGGACCAGCGGCUGCACUCGGCGAACCAGAGGAAGGCCCGUAAGGAUAAGACUUGAGGCUCUCGCUUUCAUUCCCUCUUCUCUUCCUUCUUUGAAUUUUCAUUUACCCCUAGACAAAUCUCAUUUCUCAAAUCUAUGGGACUGGCUUCCGUAAUCCAUAAUACUUUUCAAGUUCCUGUUAAAUUCAAUCCUGUUAGGGUUGCGCCAAUCUCAGCACAAGCUCAAGCUCUCAAAUGGACCAGACUACAAUUCCUUCCAUCCUUUUCGGUUACUCACAGAUUUCGUGAUAAAUAUUAUUCAAUUGCUUCUUCUAAAGGCGCUGGACAGGAGUCUGAUUUAUCUACCUCAGAAUCUGAGAGCAGCAGUUCUUGGACACAUGAUGAAGCUCCCCGUUCUGUGGAUAAACUAGGGGAGGAAACGCAGGAGCAUGUAAAUUAUACGACCUCCAUUAAAACCGUUGCUUUAUGUGUAUGCACUGCCGUGGCAUUUGGCAUCGGUAUAGGUUUAAAAGAUGGAGUUGGCAAAGCAUCUGAGUUUUUUGCUGGGUAUAUAUUGGAGCAAAGUUUGUCAGUGGACAAUCUAUUUGUCUUUGUACUGAUUUUCAAAUAUUUUAAAGUGCCACUCAUGUAUCAGAAUCGGGUACUUUCUUAUGGUAUUGCUGGUGCAAUCAUCUUCCGUUUGUCACUGAUACUACUUGGAACAGCCACUCUCCAGAGGUUUGAGGCCAUCAACUUAUUUCUGGCUGUAAUACUCCUCUACUCAUCUUUCAAGCUAUUUUCCAGUGAAGAAGAUGACACUGAUUUAUCAAACAACUUCAUAGUGAAGACAUGUCAGAGAUACAUCCCUGUUACUUCUACUUAUGAUGGGAAUCGUUUCAUAACAAAUCAGGGUGGCGUGUGGAAAGCUACACCUUUGCUUCUCACAGUAGCAGUUAUUGAGCUCAGUGAUAUAGCAUUUGCUGUUGAUUCAAUACCAGCUGUCUUUGGUGUUACACGGGAUCCUUUCAUUGUUUUUACUUCUAAUCUUUUUGCUAUCUUAGGUUUAAGGUCACUCUAUACUCUUAUUUCUGAGAGUAUGGCAGAGUUGGAGUAUUUACAGCCUUCUAUUGCUGUUGUUCUAGGCUUCAUUGGUUGUAAGAUGAUCCUGGAUUUCUUUGGGGUUCAUCUAUCAACUGAGGUCUCUCUUGGUUUUGUGGCAACAAGUCUUAGUGCAGGUGUGCUGUUGAGUCUAUUGAAGAAGUCUAAGUUAUAGAAGCAAGUGCAGGGUCGUUGGUAACUCUGUGCUGUACGAAGUCCCGCACGAUAUAAACAACCAAAUUGCUGUGCCAUGUUUUGCCUGGUUCAACGUGCAAUUCUCAUAUGCUAAAAGAUUGCUUAUGAUGUUUUGGUGGAAGUUCGUUGAUAGUUGAUGUAUUAUUGUGAUAUCAGUAUACUUGUAAAUCCUUUGUGAGGAAUCUGUUCAUAAUGUUAAUUAUGUAAUAAUUGUAAACGUACUCCAAAUGGAUUAUCUGAAAAAUGUUGGUUUCCAUUGCAUAA